UCGUUUUUCAGCACGUUUAGAGAAAUAUGAUCUGCCGCUAAUCGAAGUUGAAUCCCGUUUGCGUUCAGUUCACUUUAAUAUCGCUUGUAGUGAAAACGGUUGUUUUAUUCUACGUAUUAGCUCGCACAAAACAACAAUGAAGAAAUUUCUCGUGUUCUUGCUCCUCGUUUUGCCAGCGGUUCUACUAACAGUAAACACCGGCCCCAACCCCUUCGCCUAUGCCACGGAGGACGAAUUAGAUGAAGAGUUGGUCGAUGUGGAAACGGAAGACGGAGCAGUCGUGGCAGAUGAAGCGGAGUCCGAGGAUGAACCUGAGACAACAAAAUCUCCCGACGCCGAUACGUUCCUUCUGUUUACGAGGCCUCUGCAUGCAUCAGGUUCUCAACUCGAGCUUCCCGCCGGCUACGCGGUCGAAUUCCUAGUCGGUUUUGCCAACAAAGGCCAGUUCGAAGACUUUGUCGUGGAAACGGUGGAAGCAUCAUUCCGGUACUCGAUGGAUUUCAACUAUUAUAUUCAAAACUUCUCGGCGGUCGCAUUUAAUCGUGAGGUGAAACCGGGUCACGAAGCAACCGUAUCUUACUCAUUUCUUCCGUCGGAAAGCUUUGCCGGGCGUCCGUUUGGUCUAAACAUUGCUUUGAACUAUCGCGACAGCCGCGGUAAUCAGUUCUCUGAAGCGGUUUUCAACGAAACAAUUCAGAUCACCGAAAUCGACGAGGGACUCGAUGGAGAGACCUUCUUCUUGUAUGUGUUUUUGGCGGCUAUCGUUAUUUUACUGCUAGUACUCGGCCAACAGUUCUUGGGAUCGUACGGUAAGCGAAAACGCACAACCACCACUCGCAAGGUCGUUGAAACCGGUACAAGCAAUUCGAAAGACGUAGAUUACGAAUGGAUUCCAGCUGAAACUCUGAAGCAACUACAAAACUCUCCAAAAAGUGGCAAAGUUUCUCCAAAACAGAGUCCGCGGCAGCGAAAAGCCAAAGCUCAGGCAGCUUCCUAGAUUGAUUGAGGAAUGUUUUCACAAUUAAUCUUUUACUGUUCGUUCCAUCCAUGCUCUUUCAUCAUUUCCCUUCAUUUCUUUAGUUCUCGUGCCCUAGGGUUAAAUAAUUCUCAGAGUGCAUCAUGAAAAUAUGAGAAAUGGAAAUAGAGCACAGCUACCAUAAGACGUAGGCGAUAUAAAUGGCACUCAACUAGUUGUUCUACGUAGUUCAUCGACAGGAAUGGGGGGACGUUCCUUCAGGAAAUAGUGGCAAGACUCCCUUAAACUCUAUGCGUCAUGGAAAGUGUGAGCAUACCUUGAUAAAACCGUAUCGUAGCCAGAAGGAACCAUGUUCAUAGAGGAUUCUGUCAGUGUUAUUCUCUUUGAAAUGUACGUUUGUCGAAAGCAUUUCACGGCGUUUCAUUGACGCAUCAGAGAUCAUGCAGAUGUAGACUGAUGUUCAUUAAUGGUAAAAGUAAAGCGGAGUUUUCUUUAUCCGCAAAAGAACUGUUUUGUUUUGUGUACUAAUUCAACAAAUAAAUAUAACAGAAAUC